AAAAAAUUAUCAUACAUUGAUGAUGAGUGAUGAGCAUGUGAGGAUGGCCCUUUUCAUAUCUAUCCAGAAGACGCACAAUUUUCUUCCUUUUUGUUUCAACUUUGUUUCUCUUAUGUAAUUGGUGUUGUUUUCCUUUAAUAUAUUUUGAUGCCUUUUGACUUGCCCUUAUCGGACUUUGGUGCUGGUUUGUACACACUAAUAGUAAUAAAUGAAGGCACAAGACACAUAUUGAGAAGAGAACCAACCAACCAACCAAGAUCUACACAAGUUGGAAUUUCAAGCCAAAGCAGAUUAAGAGGAGUGAUGCUCUAGCUGAAAAUCUUUUCUUUGUUGGGUUGCUGUGAUGGGGAGAUUUCUUGCUACUUCUCUCCUGCUUUGUCUGUUGCUUCUACUACUGUUUGGUCAAUCCUUUUCACUUCCUCUAUGCACCAAUUCAAGAGCACCCUCAACCCUGAAAACGCCACUCAAGUUUUGUCCAUACAAUGGGACAGCAUGCUGCAACUCCACCCAAGAUUUACAAUUGCAGAAGCAAUUCCAAGCAAUGAACAUCUCUGACCUUGCCUGCGUUUCUCUUGUAAAAUCAGUAAUUUGUUCGAAGUGUGAUCCUUUUUCAGCUGAACUGUACAUAGUUAAUUCUGUAACCCGGUCGGUGCCUGUGCUGUGCAACUCCACAGUUGCAGCAAAUUCUUUCCAGUCUAGCCAAGCAGAUGAUAAUUUUUGCUCUGAUUUGUGGGACACCUGCCAAAACGUUUCCAUAACGAACUCCCCUUUUUCCCCUCGAUUGGUUCAAUCAGACAUUCAAGUCACAUCCAAUGCCACCAAAUUGACUGAUAACUGGCAGUCGAAAACUGAAUUCUGCAACGCCUUUGGCGCAGGCUCUUCUGAUGACUCGGUGUGUUUUGGUGGUGAACCUGUCACUCUGAAUAACUCUGGUACUCCUAGCCCACCAAGUGGCUUGUGCCUUGAAAAAAUUGGUAAUGGAUCUUAUCUCGACAUGGUUGCUCAUCCUGACGGGUCCAACCGCGCAUUCUUCUCUAGCCAGGAAGGGAAGAUUUGGUUGGCAACCAUUCCUGAAGAAGGAUCAGGAGGAACAUUGGGGUUUGAUGAGUCCAGUCCCUUUGUAGAUCUAACCGAUGAAGUCCAUUUUGAUACUCAAUUCGGAAUGAUGGGCAUGGCAUUUCAUCCGAACUUUGCGCAAAAUGGCCGCUUCUUUGCCUCAUUCAACUGUGACAAGGCCAAAUGGCCAGGAUGUACAGGAAGAUGCUCAUGUAAUUCAGAUGUCAAUUGUGAUCCUUCAAAGCUAGCUCCUGAUAACGGCGCUCAGCCAUGCCAGUACCAGACCGUCAUAGCCGAGUAUACAGCAAACGGCACUGCAUCCCAACCUUCCUUGGCAACAAGUGCCAAACCAGUAGAAGUGAGAAGGAUAUUUACCAUGGGCCUUCCAUUUACAUCUCAUCAUGGAGGUCAAAUACUCUUCGGGCCAACGGACGGGUAUUUAUACUUCAUGAUGGGAGAUGGUGGGGGUGCAGGUGGUGAUCCUUACAAUUUCUCACAAAAUAAGAAAUCAUUGCUUGGAAAGAUUAUGAGGCUUGAUGUUGAUAACAUACCAAGUGAGGCAGAAAUUGAUAAACUUGGUCUGUGGGGAAAUUACUCUGCCCCUAAGGAUAAUCCAUUCAGGGAAGAUCCAGAACUGCAGCCAGAAAUAUGGGCUCUAGGAUUACGAAACCCUUGGCGCUGCAGUUUUGAUUCGGAAAAUCCUUCCUAUUUCAUAUGUGCUGAUGUUGGGCAGGAUGUUUAUGAAGAGGUGGAUCUAAUCACAAAGGGUGGAAACUAUGGCUGGCGUCUUUAUGAGGGUCCUUAUCCUUUCAAUCUCACAGGUGGAAAUACAACUUUGCAAUCCACAAGCCUAAUUUUCCCAGUAUUGGGUUACAACCAUUCUGAAGUAAACAAAAAGGAAGGCUCAGCAUCUAUAACUGGGGGUUAUGUCUAUCGUUCCAAGACUGAUCCAUGCAUGUAUGAAAGGUACUUGUAUGCAGAUUUGUAUGCAGGCCACAUAUGGACAGCCAUCGAGAACCCGGAAAAUAGUGGGAACUUCAGCAGCAGUAUAAUCCCUUUCAGUUGUGCGGCUGACUCUCCUAUACAAUGUGGAACUGUCCCAGGAAGUACGCUCCCAAACUUGGGCUAUGUUUUCUCAUUUGGGGAGGAUAACAAGAAGGACGUGUUCAUCCUAGCCAGCAAUGGCGUCUAUAGAGUGGUUCGUCCAAGUCGGUGUAACUACACUUGCUCAAAGGAAAGCGUGACUGCUUCCCCAAGCCCUAGUCCUGGUUCUUCACCCGGCUCUUCCUUUGCAAGUCGGUUGAGGCACCCAUGUAGCGUUCUAAUGCUGCUAUUUUCUUCUCUUUUGUUGCGCUUUCUGAGUGCUUUCUAGUAAAUUUUCGAAUAUCUGAAUUCCAUACGGAGCGAUGGCGAGAGAGUGAGAGAAAGAAGAGCUGUUUUGGCUCAAUGGCAUGAGAUUAUUGUACAAUAGAAACUUCUCUUUUCUUAUAAUUUAGUUUGAGUGAUAGAUUUUGGUGGGGUUUGUACUUUGAAGUUGAUUGCAGAAAAUAAUGAAAUUGUUGUUUGGUCA